AUGGAUGACUCGCUAAAGAACGACGACACUAGGAUCACAUACAGGGAGCCACAAGAAAUCGAGGUCAUCCGGGUUGGAACAAUGGAAUCAUACAAAAUGUGCCGUGUGCCGGUGUUGGAAGGUGGGAGGAAGCGAGGGUUUGUACCGCUGCCCCUGAGAUACCGGGAUCUAUGGCUUGAACUUUCUUACAAUAUCGUACUGUGCUCCAACCUAUGGGAGCUUUGGGAGGAAGAGGGUAUGAAGAAGUUGAAAGGCAAGAAGGCGAACAUGGUGGAGACUUGUCGAAAGAACACAGGGGUAAUGCUUGUCCAACACAUGCUCACUAGGCGGUUGGUUGUGGAGCAGUUACUGAAGUUGGAUUACCUCACGGAACCUGGCAAAGAGAGCGUCCCACUUUUGGACGAAUGGAAGAUUCGCAUGUGUCGUGAUUGGUGGAACAAGAGUUAUGAUGAGGCUUUCGCUGAAGGGCGCGAAUUCCUGUCAGCGGAUCCCGUGACAGCUCCAAAUAAGGCAUUCUUCGAAAAAGGAUGGAAUAUUAAUGACCAAGGGAAGGAAUCAUUGUCCCCCCCGUAUCCUUCCAUGUGGAUCAACGGUCGCGUUCAGGGAAUUCGCAAAACGUUUGAACGUACCAUCAAGCCACAGGCACUUGACGAGUUGAAGAAGCCCAGCGAAUUUCACGAAACUCGGCAUUUGAAAGAUGGUGAGCUUCCAGGACGCUGGCACGAGGGACAUAAUCCUUGUCCUUUCUUCUGGAGUGCAGCACAAUGGGAGUGGUACAGCGAAGGACACAGUUUUGCAGAAACUCCAGUCGCCUUCUUCAAUUUCGUCCUCAGGAAAGAGCCUAGUUAUGCGGAUGUCAAAGAAUUUGAGCACGAUGCUGGACUCUGGCUUGGCGAGAUGACCUGGAGGGAAUUCGUGGAUUACCUGAGGCAGAAGUGGAAUCUAGAUGAAAAUUCCUGCAAGCCUUGGGAAAAAAAGAGUAUCAACAUCUUCUCUUGCAUGCUACACCCCAUGUUCAAAAAGCCUUCUAUUCUAGAUGAAAAAAACCCCUUCGAUAGCUUGGAAGCGCAGUUGAUCUUCCAGGGAUUCAUGCGCCGAGGCUCCGAGAACAGAGAUUGGAAUCCUGAGGAUCAGAUCCUGUGGGAAUCUUUGUUGAGAAUGAGCCCAAAAGAAUAUGAGCCCGUAUGGAAGAAGGUGGUAAAAACCAUUUUGGAGGAGGAGAAGUCUGUGCGAGAUGUGUUGAAGGAUGCGGGGAAUUGGUUGCAACAUUCUCAAUCCAUGGAGGAUACCGAAAUAAGUCAGGUAGAACGUCAAGCUCAGCCUCAUGUUCAUCUUGAAAACGUUGAUCGUGGCGGCGCUUCUGCCGAUUCCAACUCGCCUCCAAAAACAACGCAGAAACAGUCCACAACAUCUCAUCAAUUGCCACCCAUCUAUGGAUGGAUGGUUGCAUAUGUUCAGAACACCAUCUCCUUGGAGACAUUUGAAGAGAAGCUUAUAGACUCUUUAUCGAAAGAGCAUGAGAAAGGCAUCAAACAGUUCAUCGAUGACAUUCGUACGAUUUCUCCUGGGAACGAUCAGGCAUCAAAGGAUGCCCUAGAUUUGUUCGUCAACCACGUCAAGGCAGUAGAAGCUAGAACAGAGGCUGAACAGUUGCAUAACGAGCUUCUCUGA